CAUCAGAUAGGUAGUUACAAAAAAAUCGGUUCGAAGCAGCAUCAAAGAAGCCUAUUCCUCAGACGUUUACAAACGAGCUGAGAGACUUUCAUCGGGUCUGAAUCGAAUAAUGCAUUACCACAAAGUAGGGAUCACCCUCCUUGUGCUGCUGUAUGGAAUCUCCGGAUUGGAGUCCAUCUACCUGUACGACGACUCGCCCCAGCUGGAUGAAUCGGACGGCAGGCAGUUCUCCAAUCUGCAAAUGGAUUCGGUCAGUGGCGAGGGCGGGUGCGGGGGCGUGAGCGUGAGCUCGAAAGCGAAGCAAUGCGGUAACUUUGACAAGGGCAAUCCCAAGUCCAAGGCCUCUAACAUCGCCCAGAAAGCCGCACAAGAUGCCAAGGCGGCUAGCGAUGCCCAAAUGUCGGCAGCCGAGGCAGCAGCCACCCAGGUGAAGACAGAGCUGGCCGAGAAAGCGGCGCAGUCGGCGCGUGCAGCAGAAGCAGCACUCGCGGGCAAGCAAGAGAUGGUCGAGCAAUUGGAACAGGAGAUGGCCGAGGCGGAGGCAGUCGUCAAUGAUGUUACGAACUCCCUGCAGAACACCCAGGCUAACUCCAAUGCCGCAGCGGCGAUGGCCACCGAGUCGCAGAGUCAAGUGGAGUCGUUGAAGCGUUUGCUCGCCGCCGCCACCGCAAAUCUGGUAAAUAUCGAGGGCGUGUCCCAAGGCGCACAGACGGAGCUGUCGGAGAAAACCCAACUGCUGGAGGCGGCCAAGAACCGGGUACAGAAUCUUGGAAAGCAGAUAGCGGACGCCAAGAAGGACUUUGACGCGACCAAGCAGGCGGCCUACAAAGCGGCCUGUGCCGCCGUGGAGGCCAAAAAGAAGGCGUCGCAGAGGAUGCGACGCAUGGCCGCCUAUCGCCAGUGGAUUAUGGAACAGCCGAGAAAGUACGUUCGAGGAGGGGCCAAGAUGUAGCAACAGCCGAAAAAGUACGCUUAAGAAGGGGCCAAGAUCACGUGGGCUUCGUAAUUUAUAUAUUUUCUUAUUUUGUUAAAUGCAAAUGCAGCCCUGGGUCUAUUCGGUCUCUUUGAACCGGUAGGCAACAAUGAUAUAGCGUAGGUUUUGGUAACUGAAACGGGUUUAAAACGAUUUUGCUUUCGGCCAAUGAAAAUCGUCAAAAAUGUCAGAAAAUAGUCAGAUUAUGUUUAAAAUGUAUUUCAACGAUAUUUUGAAGGAGUGGUAAACUUACGGAUACCAUGAAUUGGUAUCGGGAUCAGAAUAAGAAACUAAUUAAAUGCAUGAAUACAUCUAAAACAUA